AUGAUUCAGGAAAAAGAAAAAUAUAUUGACAGAGAAAGCGAAGAAAACGAAAACACCGAGAUGUACACGGGGAAGCCCAACAUUAUAUGCUGCAUACAGAACAAGCCCGUGGACACAGACACAGACGGCUAUGGGCUCCCCGUGCGGCAGAGAAACCUUCUUUCAGGCAUUGAACUUGAAAAAAGAGUGCCUCCCUCCAGGCCCGUAUACAUCCUGAAAAGACAGCUCUCGAUGAAAGGCAUUGCAAUGCCCAUUCUCGACGUGCUGGACACAAGAAACACCUUCCAGUGGGUGGAGAUGUUCCGCUACAAAAUAGUUCACCACGAGUGGAGCGAAGAGGAAGCCAAAGAUUUUUUUAAGUGCUGUGUCUCCAGUGACAUUCUUGAAAACGUUGUGCACGAUCCGCUCGGACAGACUCUGCGAGACUCAGUGCGGAAGAUAUACGACAAAGUGUACACGCAGAAGAACGUAGAGCUUCUUCGGAGGAGAAUUGACUCUCUCAAGUCCUGCCAAUUUCUGUCCCUGGAGGCGUACAAAGAGGAGCUUGGCCUUCUGAUAAGAUCGUACUCAGUGCGUGUUCUGAUCGCACCUGAGAAACAGGAGAGCUUUUUGCAGACGAAGUUCUGGGCAGGGCUCUCGAGCAGCAUCAAGAACCUCCUGAGCAAGAAGAUAAGCAGCGAGUCUUCUCCCAAUGAAAUUAUCCGCCAGGUGCUCCUCUUCAAGCAAAAAAUGUUUUUGAGGUACAACCUCCCCAACAAUUUCACAGGUGUUAUCUACGUGAAAGAGAAGCCAAACGUGCUUUUUCCCAUGCAGGAACAGAGCGAGAGCGAAGAAGAGCUAGCAGGAGAGCCAGAGAGCAUCCAGAGCAUAGACUGCUCACGGCCCCCAAAGAAAUCGAAUGUUGUUCCCAUGCCCUCCCUGAAGGAAAGAGUGCAGCCUGUGCUGCCGUCACUGAAAAGAAUGCCCAAGGGAAUCAUCAUAAAAAACGAUCUUAGCGCGUCUCUUGUGCAGAUAGUCAAGAAGUACAGCAGACACAAGUCGCCUCGCAUCUUCAAAAGACCUCAGAUUGGAAAGCCGUUUGUGGUGUACACGGGGUGCAUAGGGAAGUGGAUGGCGGGAAUUCUCAUCCAGGAAAAAAAGGCCAUUUCCAUUUUCAAGAUUCCACUGAUGGACGAGCAGAUUGAGUACACAGAGACGGAGAAGUGCAUUCUAGCCAUAGACCGAUCUAAGAAGAUUUUCCAGAAGAUAGUGGGAGACUCUGCCAUCGUAUUCACCAGCGAGAAGUACAAAUCUUUUGUCUACACGAAUGAAAAUGGCAUUAACUUUGUGGACUGCAUGGAAAUAGUGGAGUAG